AAGUCCAGCCCCCUCUCAGUAGCAUUCAGUGCCAGACUUCAGGGAGGUAGUUUCCUUCUCUCAAAACAGCUUGUGUAACUGAGCAGAGAGUCAGAGAGACAUGGGCUGGUGGAAGGGUGUUCUUGUGCUGAAGCCGGGGCAGGGGCUGAGGCCGGGGCUGAGGUUGGGGCCAGGGUUGGGACUGAGGCAGGGGCUUAGGCUGGGACUGCUGGUUCUGCUGUGCUGCCUUGCUCUGUGUCCAGCGCCUGUCCAGGGGGACAAGGUCCUGGUGAUGCCUGUAGAUGGGAGCCACUGGCUGAGCAUGAAGCUGCUGGUGAAGGAGCUGGCGGCCAGAGGCCAUGAGAUGGUUGUGCUGGUCCCUGACACAUCCAUCCUCAUCCAGGGCUCUGACUACUACAGGACUGAGACCUUCAGGGUCCCCUACAGCAAGGCGCAGCUGGACGAGAAUGUCAACAAACUGAAGGACGCUGCAUUCCUCAAGGCCCCGGAUGUAAUGGACAUAUUCGUGAACGUGCAGCACCUGGUUCACUUCACCACCAUGCAGGUGAAAGGCUGUGAGGGUCUGCUGUAUGACAAGCCCCUGAUGAAGCGACUGAGUGGAGAAAGAUUUCAGAUGAUGCUGACUGACCCCUUUCUACCCUGUGGAUCCAUCAUCGCUGGCUCCUUCAACAUCCCAGCGGUGUACUUCUCGAGGGGUAUCCCCUGUGGGCUGGAUGAGAAGGCUGCCCAGUGCCCCACUCCCCCAUCCUAUGUACCACGCUUAUUCUCCGGCAACACUGACCACAUGGAUUUCCUAGGGAGGGUUAAGAACAUGCUCAUGUACAGUCUGGAGAGCUACCUGUGUACGGUGAUGUUUGCCAGCUUUGACGAGCUGACCAGUAGGUACCUGGAGAAGGACAUGACGUACAGGGAACUGCUGGGUCACGGGGCGAUCUGGCUGCUGAGGUAUGACUACUCCUUUGAGUAUCCCAAACCCAGGAUGCCCAACAUGGUCAACAUUGGCGGCAUCAACUGUGGUAAAAGAGCUCCACUUUCAGCAGUGAGUCUCAUAAGAGUGUGUUUUAGAACAAAUAACUUCAACUGUGGUAAAAGAGCUCCACUUUCAGCAGACCUGCAGGAGUUUGUGGAUGAGUCAGGAGAGGAUGGCUUCGUGGUCUUCACCCUGGGCUCUAUGAUCUCUCAGAUGCCUGAGGAGAAAGCCAAGCAGUUCUUUGAUGCCUUCAGAAAGAUCCCUCAGAGGGUGGUGUGGAGGUACACAGGAGUGGUGCCUGAGAACAUUCCAGACAAUGUCAGAUUGAUGAAGUGGCUUCCUCAGAAUGAUCUGCUGGGCCACCCCAAGGUCAAGGCCUUCAUCACCCACGGAGGAACCCACGGUAUCUACGAGGGGAUCUGUAACAGUGUUCCCAUGGUGAUGCUUCCGUUGUUCGGUGACCAGAGUGACAACGUACAUCGCAUGGCGGUGAGGGGUGUCGGGGAAGUGCUCACUUUGUUCGAUAUCACCCCAGAGAAACUGGUGGAGGCUCUCAACAAGGUCAUCAACGACACGAGUUACAAGGAGAAGAUGCUGAAGCUGUCAGCGGUACAUAAGGACCGUCCCAUCGAGCCCCUGGACCUGGCAGUGUUCUGGGCGGAGUUUGUUAUGCGCCACGGCGGAGCGGAACACCUAAGACCCGCCGCUCACGACCUCAACUGGAUCCAGUACCACAGUCUGGACGUGUUCACUCUGCUACUCACUAUAGUUCUCAUUGUUGUCAUGGUCACCGUUAAAUGCUGCAAAGUCUGCUUCCGCAAGUGUUGUGGAACGAAGAAGACUAUGAAGAAGAAGAAGGAAUGAAUGUCCUUCCUGUGGCCUAGGCCGGGAUUCAAUCCAAGGUUCGCUGUAGAGCGCUGUCGACGAUAAUGUGCCUUUUAAAGGCAAUGUUCCUGUGUUUGCUGAGAUCACAUUCACAGUAAACGCUGCAGAUGUUGGCUCAAUCAGAAAGUACUUAAAAAAUUUCAAGUGCGCUACAGAUUGAAUCCCAGCCCAAGCCAUCAGGCCUUAGAGUCCAGAGUAACUAUACUGCUCACUCUAGGCCCUGUGUAUAACAUUUUUAUGUUUGUUUGUUUUGAUAUCUCAGGAUAAUGUCAGAGUAACUUCAUGUAUCUGUUGUCAAUAAGGCCUAAUGCCUGCCGCCAGCAAGACAGUCUCAUUCCACCACAGGAGGUUGGUUGCACCUUAACUGCUGGUAAUGGUUGGAGUGGAAUGAGUGGAAUGGUAUCAAAUACAUCAAACAUGUAGUUUCAAUGUGUUUGAUGCCAUUUCAUUUGUUCCAUUACAGCCAUUAUUAUGAGCCGUCCUCCCCUUCGCAGCCUCCUAUUUAUUCCACAGUCAGCCACAGACUGUUGGAGGAGUGUGACUUCAAAACUGUUGGCCUGCCUAGCAUGUGUGAUGCCAAUUUAAGAUCCUGUUUAGUAAAAAGCAUGAGCUGACGCACACCCACAUUGUUUUGUAGAGGCGCUAACCAACAAAGAUCGAACUGUAUAAAAAUAAAGUCGCACAGUCAGAGUUGCCAAAACGUUGGUUAUUAGGUUUACUUAAUCAAUUGUUUCGAGUGUAUAUAUAUAUAUAUAUAUUGAGUGUACAACUUUAUUUUUAUACAAUUUAAGAUCCUGGUAACACAACCAAUAUAUGUCAUGCUGGAAUAAAGAAUUAUGGAGACAGGUGCAGGAAUACACAAUAGGGGUUUUUAAUACACCCAAAACAAACACGUAUACACAAACACUGGGCUGUACCCAAACAAAAGAGCGAGGGUAAACCUUGUUGAACGCCACAGGACGAUUCCGAUAAUACACAAUAUAUAGCAUAACAGCUGCACCAACGCAUAGGUAUUCACAGCACCAGUGGACACAGGAACAAUCAUCGACAGCCCAAUAUAAACCAAAGGGCACACUUUAUACAAGUACUAAUCAGUGGGAAUAGGGGACAGGUGUGCAUAAUGAAUGUUCCGGAGGGAUCCGGGACAAUAUAGUGGCAAGAGAGAAUUUCUCCUUGUCUUUGAAAGGCAUUUUGACAGUACAAAGCUAUGGUAGGUGUGUCAUUUUGCCUGGGCCUCAUUCGGUCUUCAUCAAGGUCCAGAGAGCACCACUGACAUUUUUUAAAUAUUUCCUCGCCGUCAAAAUUAGCUAAAUGUAGUCCUUGGUAGUCCUUUAUCCAUCGUUUUUGGAAUUUCCAAUGCUCCCUGACUGUCUAGCUUUCAUUUCAGUAAUGAUUGUUUUUUUGUUGUACAGUACUUUUUCAUUAUGUUUGUAAUAAUGUUUCAAGUGACAAAAAAAACCUUUUGUGAAAAUCUACAGAUAAAUUGUAAUACAAAGUUG